AUGAUACACGAGAACUCGGAUUCGACAUCUGUCGACCCUAAUCUGGCACCGUUCAUGGUCGCUGUAGCUAGCUUCGCAAACAUGUUCUGCAUUGGUACAAUCUAUGCUCUAAGCAUGCUCCAGGCACAGCUACCUCGUCUAUUUGGAAUAUCCGAUGCAUGGAGCUUUGCGCCAUUUGGUUUAGCAUCCCUAGGUAUUUCAAUGGGCGUUCUAACUAGCGCCUCGAUGAUCAUUCAAAACGGGCCUCAUGUCACAGUGGCCAGAGGGACGAUUCUCUGGGGAAUUGCAGUCAUCAGUGCCGGCCUCUCCCUCAAAAGCCUCAAAUUUGGACUCAUGCUUACAUGCUUUCUGUUUGGCGGACUGGGCAUUGGAUGGACAUACCUCGCUGUGGUCGCGUUGAUCGGCCAGGGGCUUCCGGGGCAUGUACUUGCUCGGAGUGCUAUUGGGCCUCUGGGGUUUUCAACUGCUGCAGCGGCGUGUUUUCUCUUAUCGUCUGUUUUCAGAGUGGAUGCGGUUGAUGCAGAGACCCUGGGUGGGAUGCUUGUGUUUCUGGGAGUGACGUUCGCUGCUGUUGGGGCAUCCACCCAGCUGUCAUUAUCUGAUUUCCAUAAGGAGUCAGAGGUCGGCUCCCCUUCGAAGACUUUAUCAAGAGAUUGCGGACCUUUCUUUUCGAUUCUGCUCUUCUUCAACGCCUUGCCUGGAAUGACGGUUUUCACUGGCCUGCUGCCCCUUGUCUUCCAUUAUGCAAACGGAACUGACUAUAAUACAAUGUGGAUCUUGUCAUAUUGCAUGAUCGCUCUCGCACUUGGGGGUGUUCUGGCACCCAGCAUCAAUGCAUACCUUGGGGCCAGACUGACAUUUGUCGGUAUUUUUUGCUUGCGGGGGAUGCUUCUUAUCUUACUUUCACAAUUUGAAGGUUCGUCGCAGGCAAUGUGUGCUAUGCUGGCAACCCUUUUCGCCCACGGUACCGGAUUUAGCAUUCUUCCAGUGUUGGUCAAGAGACAAACCACCAAUCGGGAGCGCUUCUAUCUCAAGUACAGUAGAGUGUUGGUUUCGUGGGGCAUGUCAGGAACUGUCGGCUGUAUAAUGAACUCGAUCAUGCUGUCUCCAGACAGUACGGUACCGACAGGAGCCCUCAUUGUUGGCUUGUUAACAUUAUCGUUCGGUACUAUUCUACACCUUGUGCCGGCCCUUGGAGGCGAAUUUCUUGUCUAA